AUGGCGGCGGCGGUAGCUAGUCAGGUUCAACCUGUUCGAUUUAGCAGCGGACCAUCCGGAAGUGGAGUAACUUUGACUAUUUCAGGUCCGUCUACUACCUCACCUGCGAACAAUGUGAUUAACCGGAGGCCAAUGGCUGGGACAUUCCGCUUUCAGGCGGCACCUGUGGUAAGUAUUGUUACCUAGUU